UUAUCAAAAUUGCAAAAUUGCUUUCUUCGGUGCAGGUAAACAAAGGCGAUUUCCGGUUGCGACAAAUAGACGUGAAUUUCGGUUUUCAGAUUGGCGAGAUUAAUCCAUUCCAAUCAGCAUGAGUAAAGCACAUCCCCCAGAAUUGAAAAAAUAUAUGGAUAAACGAUUAACAUUAAAAUUAAAUGGCGGUCGACAGAUUAUUGGUACAUUACGAGGAUUUGAUCCAUUUAUGAAUUUGGUGGUGGAUGAAUCCGUUGAGAAAUUGAAGAGUGGUGGAGAACAACCCAUAGGAAUGGUGGUUGUACGUGGAAACAGUAUUGUUUUAUUAGAAUCACUGGAACGUGUAUGAUAGAAGAAAAAAAAAUUAUAGCACAUCUUUUCUUUUUUUUUACAAAUCAUGAUGGUCAAAGAAAACUUUGAAAAGGAUUUCAGAUUUUUUUCUGUAAUUUCCAUUUAUGUCCAUGAAUCAUAAUUAUUUCAUUUUCAUUUUAAUGUGGCAGUUGACAUGUAUUUGUAUCACAUUCAUUUGUAAAUAAACAUCUUUCAUUUAGUAUAUCUUUAAA